GUCGAGAAUUAGAAGUCGGUUCACUUCUCUUUCAGAGUCUUUUUUCGAAACCCACCCCCGGCGUCCGAGAAAAAGUUAUGGCGAAACCCUCGAAACGACAGGUGUCUUCUGAUGAAGCCAUGUCCAAUGGCUCGAGCUCGUCGGAGGAAGAGGAGCAAACUAACGAGCAGAUCAAUGAGGAGGAGGACGAGGAGGAGCUCGAAGCGGUAGCUCGCUCGGCAGGCUCUGACGAGGAUGAAGCUGCCGAGGAUUCAGAUAACGAUGCAUCACCUGUCGAAAAUGGCGAGGAAGAGGACGGAAGUAACGACGGCGAUGAUGAUAAAGUCGAUAUUAGCAGGCGUGAAAAGGCCAGACUAAAAGAAAUGCAACAAAUGAAGAAGCAGAAGAUUCAGGAUAUGUUGGAUGCACAAAAUGCUGCAAUUGAUGCUGAUAUGAAUAAUAAGGGGAAGGGACGCUUGAAAUAUCUUCUGCAACAAACUGAGAUAUUUGCUCAUUUUGCUAAAGGCGAGCAUUCUUCUUCUCAAAAGAAAACGAAAGGAAGGGGUCGUCAUGCAUCAAAGAUAACUGAAGAGGAAGAAGAUGAAGAAUACCUUAAAGAGGAAGAAGAUGGUUUAUCUGGGACUGGGAACACUCGUCUCCUUACACAACCAUCUUGUAUCCAAGGGAAAAUGAGGGAUUAUCAACUAGCUGGGUUAAAUUGGCUCAUUCGACUGUAUGAGAAUGGCAUCAAUGGAAUCCUUGCAGAUGAGAUGGGGCUUGGCAAGACACUACAAACCAUCUCUCUGUUGGGCUAUCUUCACGAGUACAGAGGCAUAACAGGCCCCCAUAUGGUAGUUGCACCAAAAUCUACCCUGGGAAACUGGAUGAAUGAAAUUCGUCGUUUUUGCCCUAUCUUGCGAGCUGUAAAGUUUCUUGGAAAUCCUGAUGAAAGGAGGAAUAUACGGGAAAAUUUACUGGUAGCUGGGAAGUUUGAUGUCUGUGUUACCAGUUUCGAAAUGGCCAUCAAGGAGAAGUCUUGCUUGCGUCGUUUUAGUUGGCGCUACAUUAUUAUUGAUGAAGCUCAUCGAAUUAAGAAUGAGAAUUCCCUCCUUUCAAAGACAAUGAGGCUUUAUAAUACCAACUAUCGUCUUCUAAUCACUGGCACGCCACUUCAG